GCCGCCUCCUCUGCUCCAUAUCCAGAGCUGAGCAUCACCUUCUUCCUUUUUUUCUUCCCCCAAUUGCGCCGACGACACUCGCCAUCCCCAAGAGUCGUUGUCGCUCACUGACGCCCUUCCUUUUCUUCUGGAUGGUUUACUAAUUUAUUUUUUUCUCUUUCCACAUCCCACUGCCCACCAUGAGUUCUUUACGAUUUCUCGACCUGGUCAAGCCCUUUGUGCCGUUCCUCCCCGAGGUUCAGCAGCCAGAGACCAAGAUUCCCUUCAACCAAAAGUUGAUGUGGACUGGCUUGACACUGCUCAUCUUCUUGGUGAUGAGCCAGAUGCCCCUCUACGGCAUUGUCUCGUCAGACACAUCCGAUCCUCUAUACUGGCUGCGCAUGAUGAUGGCGAGUAACCGUGGUACACUGAUGGAAUUGGGUAUCACUCCCAUUAUCUCGUCUGGCAUGGUCUUCCAGCUUCUUGCCGGCACCCACAUGAUCGAUGUCAACCUCGACCUCAAGUCCGACCGUGAGCUCUACCAAACCGCCCAGAAGCUCUUCGCCCUCAUUCUCUCCGUUGGUACCGCCACUGUCUACGUCUUCACCGGUCUCUACGGCCCUCCCAGCGAUCUCGGUGCCGGUAUUGUCUUCCUCCUGAUCCUUCAGCUGGUUCUUGCUGGCAUGAUCGUCAUUCUCCUCGAUGAGCUCCUCCAGAAGGGCUAUGGUCUGGGCAGCGGUAUCUCGCUCUUCAUUGCCACCAACAUCUGCGAGUCUAUCAUGUGGAAGGCUUUCUCCCCCACCUCGAUCAACACCGGCCGUGGCCCCGAGUACGAGGGUGCCGUUAUCGCUCUCUUCCACCUCCUCAUGACCUGGCCCAACAAGCAGAGAGCUCUCCAGGAGGCUUUCUACAGACAAAACCUGCCCAACAUCAUGAACCUCCUCGCCACCCUCCUCGUCUUCGCCGCUGUCAUCUACCUCCAGGGCUUCCGCGUCGAGAUCCCUGUCAAGUCGUCCCGCCAGCGUGGUGCUCGUGGCUCGUACCCCAUCCGCCUGUUUUACACCUCAAACAUGCCCAUCAUGCUUCAGUCCGCCCUCUCCUCCAACAUCUUCCUGAUCAGCCAGAUGCUCUACUCUCGCUUCUCCGAGAACCUUCUGGUCCGUCUUUUCGGUGUCUGGGAGGCCAAGGACGGCUCUUCGCAGCUCUCUGCCAUCUCCGGUCUCGUCUACUACAUGUCUCCUCCCCUCAACUUCAAGGACGCCAUGCUUGACCCCAUCCACACCUUCGUCUACAUUGCCUACAUGCUCACCGCCUGCGCGGUCUUCUCCAAGACCUGGAUUGAGGUUUCUGGCUCCAGCCCCCGCGAUGUUGCCAAGCAACUCAAGGACCAGGGUCUCGUUAUGGCUGGCCACCGUGAGCAGAGCAUGUACAAGGAGCUCAAGCGCAUUAUCCCCACUGCCGCUGCCUUCGGUGGCGCCUGCAUUGGUGCUCUCUCUGUUGCCAGCGACCUCAUGGGUGCGCUCGGCUCCGGUACCGGAACUCUUCUUGCUGUUACCAUCAUCUAUGGGUACUUCGAGAUCGCUGCCAAGGAGGGUGAUCUGUCCGGCAUGAAGGGGAUGAUCAUGGGUUAAAAAUAGCGGAUAGCACGCUUGUGCUUCUGUUUUUUCCCAUAUAAAUGAAGUUAGGUAGCCACGAUGUCAUGAUCUCAGCGAGGUCGUCGAUACGAAAGGACUACCGGAACAUAUACCAUAUACACAUUUUUUGAUUUAUUGUUGUUUGUAAUGGCCUGGGGGAGUUGAUCAUGGGCCGCCGUGUACUGUAUUAAAAGCAAAUGUCAUAAAGGGAGGCUUCCUAAAAGUGGGCGGGGGGGCGUAUUGCAUCAGGAGGUUAUUACCCAGGAAGUCAAUUUGUUAGAUGCUUGAUAGCGUGGAAUGGUCAGGGGCUCAGGCGCUCGGGAUUGUUCUCCAGAAACAGGUUACGAAUGGGUGACGAUUUCCGAUGAGGGUGCGAUAGUGUACAUUAACGUCUGGAUGUUUGGGUAGCCUGUAUAUACGAAGCGGAUAUGGGUUCGGCAA